UUCGGAUUGUCCUCUGACAAAACAUCGAGCGCUUGUAUACUCUCUCUCUCCCUCUCUCUCUCUCUCUGUGUCUUGGGUUCUCUCUUCUUCCCCUCUGUCUCUAUUUCUUCUCACCUUCAAUGUCGCUUUGUGUUCAACGAAAUCCGCGCCGUUUACUGCUAGAAAUUCUCCCUCGUAUUUUCCAGAUUUAGGGUUUAAUCGGAUUUAUUAUCAGAGAGCUUCAGCCUCUUCUGACCCACGAGAUAUAUAUUAUACAGAGAAGACAUCCAGAAAUCAAUGGCGAUGUCCUCUGAUUUCUUCGCCUGAGAGAGGGUAUGCGGACCGGUUCCGCAUUGGAAGGCGGGAUGGACGAAGAAAUGGAGGAUACCGUUCAAUAUCUGGAUUUGCAAAUCGAUCCUGAUUACGAGUUCGAUGCUUCUCAGUACUUUGAUUUUAGUAGGAAAGAGUCGCUUGAGGAAACUCAGCAAGCGGAACGCUGGUUUGAAACCGCUACAAGCAAUGCACCAUCUCCUUUCAUAGCAAAGCUCACUUUGACAGAAGACAUACUUUUAGAGAAUAUGGACUCUCCAAAAUAUAAAAUCGUGGGAAAUACAUAUUCUGUCUGUAGUGGCUCAGAUAUUGGCACAGACUCAGAAUUUUCUGCAAGUAAUGAAGAUGAUAGAGGCAUUGAUAGAGAAUCCUUAUUCAGCUUACCUAAUGAGAAAUUACACAAUGCUCAAGAUGAAGAAGGGUUAACCACAGGAGUGACACUUUAUGAUCACAUGGCCCAAGAAAGUACAAAAGCUAAAACAAAGCCUGCUAGCAAGGCUGCCGUCCCUAGGUCCUCAACUUUGAUGAAACCUACAGCAAGUCAUCUGGCCAAGCAAAAUCAACCACGAGAAGUCGGUGGUAACCGAUUUUUACAAAGGUCUUGGAAAUCAAGGGUUAAACACAAUGAGAAAAUCUCAGAGACUGGGAUUGAAAGUCAAGCCGCAAAAAGACAAAAGCUUGAGGCUGGUUGCUUACGUAAGGUAAGCGAAAUAAAACAACAAGUUAAUCUGAUGCACAAGGUAUCUAAAAAGGUCACUAUUCCACGAGAGCCAGAGCUCAAAACAGCUCACAGGGCACAAAGGAUAAGGCCCAAAAGCAAUAUAGUAUCAGGGGAAAGUGUAAAGCCAAUGGGACAUACAUUUAAAGCACGUCCCUUGAACAAAAAGAUUCUCGAGGCUCCAUCGUUGCUACGCCCUCAAAAGAGCACACCACGAUUGCCAGAGUUUCAAGAGUUUCAUUUAAAGACAUCCGAAAGGGCUGCUGCAUCCUCACUUCCUAAAAACAAAUCGGUUAAGGUGGUCUACAAACCUAGCACUUGUUCCAUCAUGCAUAAUGACACCGUUAACUCUAAUAGACCUAUGGGUUUCACAGAUAAGGAAAAUGAAUUGAAGCCCAAAUUUAAAGCUCGCCCUUUUAAUAAGAAGAUAUUUUCAAGUAAAGGAGAUAUUGGUGUCUUUCGGAAUACUAAAAAGGAGCCUACGGUACCCAUGGAAUUCAAAUUUUCGACUGCCAACAGGCUUCAGCAUCAUCCCCCGAUUGAACUAUUCAGCAAGCUGUCCUUGGCAUCUGAGCUGCAGCAGAAUACUGUACCACAGCAGAAAUUCCCUCAGAAUACUUCUAUACCUACCAAGGGCUUGAAAGAGAAUAUAGUGGGCCCUUCCCAAACAGAACAUGGGGUGUCACAUACUAGCAAAGAGAAAUUACAACAGCUUGUGGGGAAGCAGCAGAUUCAGUGUGGGACUGGUGGGCGGAUAUCUGAAACUGGGCAUCGAGCCAACACUAGCAGGAGCUUGAGCAUCCGUUGAGAGAAAAGGAGGCAUCAAUGAGGCUGGGUUUUGGAGUUCUAUCAAUGAAACGAGGGAAAUGGAGAAUUUUGUUUAAGCUGGGUCUUGCAUGAGCUUUUGUUCUCCUGGUUUCCAGCAUACUGGCGCAGGAUCUCUCCUCUUGGUUGCUUCUUUCCUUCCUUUUUUUUUUUUUUUCUCUAUAUCAAUUGUAUCAAGGGUAAAUGCAAAGAUGCAUUGUUCAUUCAGAAAUCAAUAAAACGAAAAAAAAAGGCCAGAGUUGUACAGUUGCAAUGGCCUUAAAUUUUUAAAUUGCAUUAUUUUUUUCCUUCUCUAUUGCCAUCUAGCAGUGUAAAUUCCAGCUAAGGCACCACAUGUAAUGAUAACCCUUGAUGUAAAGAACGUUUUUAUAAUUAUCAGUGUAAAUUCCUUAGCUUUCAUGUUCA